CCAUAGACACGUGCUGCUUGUACCACCACCACCAACACGUGCAGCUUGUACCACCACCACUACGUGCAGCUUGUACCACUACCACCAUAACACGUGCAGCUUGUACCACCACCACCACGUGCAGCUUGUACCACCACCACCACGUGCAGCUUGUACCACCACCACCACGUGCAGCUUGUACCACCACCACCACGUGCAGCUUGUACCACCACCACCACUGCCCCUGGAUUGUUGCUUGCUGCUGGUGCCUGGAUGUAACAAGUGCGGGGUGGGUAGCCGCCCUCCGACUGUUGUUGACGAAACUGCGCUAAAGUGAAACGUGCCGUCGGCUUGCUCUUGACUCUGCGCUGUCCCGUGAGGAAUUAACAACGUUUAUAAAGGUCGACUCGGCCUCAAAUGAUUACCUGGUGCGGCGUCUCGUAAACAUCGCCCACUUGGGGAGACAAAGGCGGCCGGGUGUCCCCCUUGUCGGCCUUCAAAGGAAUCGUGAAGGAUUAAAGGAAACCUCUUAAAAGGUUUCAAGAAGGCAACCCGAAGCAUGCCGUUUUGAUGGCACCCCAGUGGGAUAGUGUCCUCGGAGCUUGGCUAAAGAGUCUGGACUGACAUUGAAACAGUCUUCAUUGUGAAAAGUACAACCAUUGACGAAAGAGUCCUCACUGGAAAAUAACCACUUGCAAAAUGCUCAGCCCAUUAUCAUCGUGAUCAAUCGUAAAGUGUAUUCAUUUUGUGGUUCAUAACGUCUCGUAUUUAACAGAAACACAUUUGUACUGUUCAUUGACUUAAUAACAUGGUAGGCUGCGGUGUACACCUACGAUGCUGAGAUUUAUCUCCUGUGCUCUUGGACCCAGUAACAGUUAACAAACAAAACAGCGUGUAAGGCUAGUAUUUUUACUGUUGGCCAUGAUGUAUCGGCUGCAUCCCAAUUUUUUUCUGGCUCCAUCGCUGCGACGAUCAUGUUGGUGGAGACGCUUGAGCAGCCCAGACGCAAUGCCAUCACCUCCUCCAAGAACACCAACGUCGUGGAAGUCCAAGCACAGUUUCGCUUUAUCGGCACAGUCAUUCCCUGCAGCUCCGUCUCGUCCGGGGGCUCCGUCUCGUCCGUGCGGCGCAAGGCGGCAUGGGGAGAUGCUGCCGCAGAUGCAGUCCUUGUCGUCGUCGUCGUUACCAGCAGCAUCGACGUUAUUGCUGUCACCGUCGACGCCGUCACUACCUCCCUUCUCUGGGGACGCGAGCCCGCUAGUGCCGCCAGACCCGAUGGUGGAGCGGCUGUGGGCGUGCCACUCGGAGGAGGAGCUGCUUGACACGUUUAGCCGGAGUCCGUCUGAACUGAACGAGCGGCACGCUCUGCAUGCGCUGAGCGCGCUGUGCGUCCUGCGUGAGCAGCAGUGGCAGUGGUGGCCGCAGCAGCAGCGACAAAAGCAACCGCGGCCGCAGCUCUUGGGUUCACUGCGGGAGCACCCGCAGUUUGGCAUGAUCCGCACAAUUGUCGUGCGCCGGCUGUACGAGAUGGGAGAUGACGACCUCGUCGGGAUUCUUUCUGCCGCACUCAGGUUGAAGGUGGAUCACCACGACUCACUCGUGCAGGAGCUGACGGUCGAGGGCUGUCGACGCAUCGACCGGCUGCCGCUAUUACAGCUGUCCAAGUUGGCGAUGAGCCUCAUGGAUCAGCAGCUGCAUAGGAGCCGUGCAGCCGGGCGAAUUGCUGAGCGCUUGCGGCUGGAGCUGCACAACUUGAAUAUUAGAGUGCUGUCGAAGUUCAUGCUGGCGACAACGCAAGUGGUCUCGGCGGAGCUGCGCCUGCAAAUGGUGGACGCCGCAAUCGAGCAGCUCGACAAACUGCAGCUGCAGGAGACAUCGAUGCCAUCAAGAGCGACACAGGAGGACGACCUUGCAGUAGCGCCCACCGAGAGGAUGGAGAGUGAUGGCGUGGAGAACUGGAAGGUGGAGCAGCUGCGCAUUUACCGAUCGCUGUUGUGGAUGCUCAAAUUCCUGCAGGGGUCGCAGCACAUGCACCAAUCGCUCGUCGACAGCAUUGCCAAGCACCUGACAAACCUGCUGCCAGUGAUGAACAUAGCGAAGGUGUGCACGGUGCUGCGCCACCUGCGGGGCCUGUCCUACAACAGCACCUCCUUCAACAUGGCGGCGCGCGAGCGCUUGCAGAAGCUGAUGCCCCCGCACAGCUGGUGCGACGACGGCCAAAAGAGCCAUGGGGCCGACGAGACGCAGGUUCUGCAGGAGCUGGAUGAGGAGUCCCGGGGAAAAGACGCCGAGAUCAUGAUGGGCAUCUGGGCCGACCCGAUGGCACACCCGCAGUCCGCACUGCGCGUCUUCACCGUCUACGGGCCGCUCGCUGGGCCGGACAUCCGCAGGAGCCUGGAGAAGGCCAUACUGAAGCACAUCGACCGGUUUUCGAAGAGUCAGUCGACGUUUUUCAUGGAGGGCAUAGCAGAGAUGAGAUGCAAGAACCCUCUUGUCAUCCAGAAAGCAAUGGAGAUGAUGCGCCACUACCUGCCCACGUACCGCACAACUGAGCUGGUGCGCGCCACACAAGCCGCGCUGGAGCUGCGUUGUGUGGACACGGCACUCAUGCCACUGCUCGCGUCACGCAUCCUCGCUUUGCUGCAGAGUGCCUAUGGGAUGAACGAGGCGGGGAGGCUGGUUCGCCUGCUCGCGAUUUUGCCGAUGCCCGCGCACGCGUUCCUGGGCUCGCAGGCGGCAGCCGACGUUGUCUCGUCGCGCAUGGAGGCCUUGAUCCCGCAGGCCAGCUUGGCGGACCUGGCCAACUUGGGCACGGCGCUGGCCAAGUGGCACUCGGCGAACCGCAGGGUGCGGACCCUCGGCGCCGACAGCCGCCUGUCACGGCUGUUGCCGCAGCUGCGCAACAUGGCGCUGUCUCGACUCGAGCAGAUGGAGUCUCUGGACACGUUCUUGGAGGAGCACCACCUCGUGAAGGGCACGUGGUUCACGGAGGCCGUGCUGGAGGAGGCCAUGCUGGCGCUGCGCCGCCUGGCCCCGCAGGUGCACCCGGGGAACCUGCUGCGCUGUUGCGAGCUGCUCAUCAGCAUCUACUACCUGCAGCCGGAGGUGCUGGACAGCAUCGCCGCCGUCGCCAUGCACAACAUCAAGCAGAUUCACUAUAAGACCUGCUACACAGUGAUUCUCCUCUUUGCGCUGAUGAACUACGAGCCUCCCAACGGCGAAGAGUUCUUCAACGUCUGCAUCGAGCACAUCACUCCACAUCUGGAUCAGCGCAGCACGUUCCACCUGCUGCUGCUGGGGUACGUCCUGUCGCUGCUGAACAUCUACCCUGAGUCGCUCACGCGCACCAUCUUCUCCCUGCCCUUCCUCACGCGCCUCGACCGCCACAUGGAGUUGGUGCCGGAGAAUCUGCAGCUCACCCUGCAGGACCGACUCAUGGAGCUGAAUCGCAACGUGUGCCUCGAGGCGCCGGAGUUCCGGGUGCCCUGGUUCCAUGAGCGCCACUGCCAGCAGUCGCUUACAAAAGAGCGCAGCUCCACGUACCCAGUGAAACGUCAGAUCUACAGCAUCCUGUGUGAGGUGCUGGGUGGCAUCAGCUUUGCCAAGCUCUCUGCCAUUACGCCGUACUACCACGUCGUCGACUUUGAGUGCAUCUUAGACAAGCAAGGGCGGCCGGUGCCGUACGUGGAACGCGGCUUCAUGCUGGGGCCCGAGGCCACACUGGGUCCAUGGGCGUCUGGAGAUGCUGGGGUCACGGGGCGGAGGGAACUGCCCCCUGGAGCACAGAGGAUCGCCGUGCAGUUUCUGGACGGCCGUGCCUUCUGUAAGGGCGAGCGCCGGCUCAAGGGGCCUGUCGUCGCAAAAAUGCGGCACUUGGAGAUCCUUGGUUACCGUGUCGUGCAGAUCCCUCACUUCGAGCUCAACUCCAUGGAGCUGUCGAGCCGGGCCGCCUGGGUCCGCUACAUCAAAGAAAAGCUCUUCGCUCCGUACGAAAUAGGACAAGAAGGAUGGCGAGGACGAGCAGGAGAGUGACGAGACGGAGGAGGGACGGUGACGAGGAGAUCGACUGGCAGGAUUGUGUCAACACUGCUCUCCACACCGGCGAUUUGGUUUUGUGUCUACCCUCCCAUUCCACCCCUACCCAGUUGUGCCUAACGAGCCAAUGCCAUAAUCAGCCCAACCUGCUGGCCUUUAUUUAGAAGAUUUAAAAUGCCCGAGGGCUGUAAUAUACAUAGGUAUGUAUUUAUUGCUAUGCGUGUCUAGUGUAGAGAAGCUGUGUAUAUGCUCGUCCGUUGGUACGUGUGCACACGGGUAUAUGCUGUAUUUACAGUAUCACAUAUGUGAAUACAUAAAUCUACACAAUGAACACGGUGAGUAAUUGCACACCAAAGAUCCGAUUCACGUGCUGUUGAAUGCUUAUUUUCAUCCAGUGUUUUGCAAAAACUUUGUUUCUUCCAUCAGUAAUGGGCUCUUUUGUAAAAAUGACAAUCCAGCCCUCUGCGCACGCCUACAAAUUCAGCCUUCUGUACCAGUGCCAGAUUAAGCUACUGCGGGGCCUGUAUGAUAUGUUAUAAAGGGGCCCUAAAUAAAUAAAUAAACAUUUAAACACGAUUUUUUUACUUGCAUAGUAAAGUAAUUGUAUUUUUCCAUUUGCUAUACAGCCAGAUAAUACGACAAAUCUAUUACCUUAAAAACCCAGCCGUUCAUAAAAGUUGAAGACAGUAUAGUGCUGUAGUAAUAGAGCAAGUGCAGAAUCACUGAACAGGAAUUGAUAGCUUGAAAGCAUUUAGCGUGGGGCUAAAUGCUUUGAAAGUGCGGAGCCCGUAGCAUAUGCUACUUUUGCCACUAGCAUAAUCCGGCACUGUUCUGUACUCGAUACUUGUAAUAUAUUUGUUUCCUCACAUAAUAUUCUGCUUGGUGGCGGGUAGAGUAUUGAGCUGUAGCCAUACAGCAUUUGGAGUUGUAUAGUGCCUACAUGUGUUUGCAGCUCAAGAUGCCUUCAUUUCCCAGGGCUCCACUACCCUGUUGUAGACGAUGCCAAUGCCCACUGGAGGCUCAUCUUGCCUCUGGUAUUUGUACGACAUUAGAAGGCCCAAAACCCAACAAAUACAGUUUAGAAUGAGAAAGCAUCUAAAUGCCACUGCUUCUCAAAACACGAUAGAAACAGUGGAGUUUAAUUUAUAAAGGUGCAGGCAGUCGAUCUGCAGUCCCUUAUCUGUCCACUGUUGGAUGAUGGCCUCCCAAAGCCUUUCAGUGUUGAGGGUUAUUUGACCAUGGGUUUAGUCAUUGGAAGAGGUGCAAAAAGGAAGCUCUUGUGCCUGGACUUGCGCAGGGGAAGGAAGUCGACAAGCACGGAUUGUGGGAAGGCCAUCCACGACUUGCAGACAUCUCGUGAUGAUGCCCAUCUCACACACAAGACAGGUGUUGGAUAUUCGGCGGUACCACUGGUAUUAGCCAGGAUAACCUCUUACCAUGGUUAUUCUCUAUUAAUACUGUAUAUACACGUACACGUUUAUACACGUGCACGGAUAAUUUUUAGAUGUCCGUACGAGACCUCGGGAUUAUGUAUAGCCUGGUUUGUAGAUAUUUCAUCAUGACAUGCCAUAUGUAUAUAGUGCUUGUCAACAUACCCGUAGAAUUAUGCGUUCUAAACAUUACAAAAUAUUUUUGUAUUUUGGACAAUAAACUGUAUAUAAGUGAAA